CCAUAACCUAAGUUUAACCAUAACCCUUACCUAACCCUAACCUCAACCAUUUAAAAUGCUGCUUCAAUGGAGUAGGGAUGUCCCAAUUGGAUUCUGGACAGCACGGACAUUUCUCUUGUAGCUAACGAAUAAGCAUUGGAAGAAUUCAGUUUGAGUCGUCAGGCAAACAACUCACUGAGCGCAGUAGCAAUCACUGCUUCGUCGGUGAAGUCGUGACAGGGACGGGAUCGUAAACUCAAAAGAGGACCUCAACUUUUCAUCAACCAAGAUUAUGCGCAACAACUUUAUCUUCACAUAUACUUCAGAAACGCUACAAUGUUUUAUAAUAUAGAACGUACUAGAUUGGCUACACAAGGGUAGCCCAUCCACAUUUGCAGAGAUUUAAUAACAGUGAUUUCAAUCUGUGGAUCAUAGAUUGAAUUUCAAUGCAGCCUUUUCGGUCCGGAACUUUUCGUUUACUUGAAAAAAUUUGCGACCGAUUUCACGAUUAUUUACACCUAUGGUAGUCGACAGAUUUUUUUAAAUAGUUAAACUUCACAUUUUCAAUGAGUUUGGGAAUGUAUGCGAGGGAGAUAUCGGCAGUGGCACCAGUUCUGAUUUCUCUAAUAGUGGUAAAUCUUUUUGGGUCGCUUGGGAUUUGUUCAGAAUAAAAAAUACGAGUGCGUUUAAGUGAUGGCCAAAUUGCAGAGGAGAUUUUGGUGGCAGAUAGCGAGAAGGAUUCCAUAACAGUCGAGUUCAAGCAAGGAGAUGGUACUCAUAUUACUGCAGUAUUUGAUUUCAAACGGAGGAACCCCAACUUGGUCCGCAGGGCAGAGGAGAGGUGUGGGGUGGAACACCUCCACAUGGACAUGGUGGUGAACAUGAGUCGUGCAGGGCACCUCAACACACUCAUCCACAAUGUGUGUAAGGAGGCACACGAGGGGUUUUAUACCCAGACAGUCGACACCAAGCAUUGGCUGGAUAAAGGAACAAAGUGUGAAGGAGCGUAUCCAAUGGCAUGAAAGACAGUUGAAGAUGCUGUUUCAACAAGCCAACCAAAGAGAGGAGUAAAUCAGCUGUUUACUCAGUCAUCUGUGCCAUUCUCCCUCUGGACAUAAAUCUUAUCUUUAUGUGUCUUAAGUUUGAUCAACUUCAUUUGCAUAAAGGUCUUUGUGUCCCAUGCCUUCUUUUCUUUAUGCUUAGAUGUCAUUCAGGCAGACAGACCUAUGGUUGUUGCAUCAUCUUUUCUUUAUGUUUUGAUGUCAUUCAGGCAGACAGACCUGAGGUUGUUGCAUUUCAAAACAUGCUAGCACAACAUUUUGUAGUGAAUAGAAACAGAUGAGAAUACACUUGAACCAAACCUGUCAUCAUGGUUUAUACAUUAAUAAAAUGUUAUACAUGCUUAUGAAUUGUAAUGCUAGUAACACAUGUUUAUAAAUAUUUACAAAAAAUGAAAUAUAAUGUAUUGAUUAUUUAAUAAAGCAGAUUCAUGAAAGAUACUAGAAUGUAUUGUCCCCAUUUUGGCGGUCUGCCCAUUUUGUCUGCCCAAUGGUAGAUUUCAAUCUUGUUCCACAGUAAAAAAAAAAACUAUGAUGUAAAGCUUAUUAUUCUCUCCACAAAUUGUCCUGAUUUGAUGCUAAGUUAUUAUCGCAACAUGAUGUCCGCUUAUUCAUCUCUUUAUACAAACACAUACACUGAAAAGCAACUUUUCUAAGUUCGCAGUCAACCCAUUGUUGUUUUAUGCAAAAAAAAAACGAGACUGGAUAGGACACACCGAGAGACUUAUGCAAAUGACUCUCUAUCUGCCUGUGUGGGGUACUGAAAAAGGUGCAUUUUCCUCCACUAACCCACUUAGGUAAAUGCAGAUGACCACUAGUAGAUAUUAUACAUUUCCAUCCCAAUACCAGCAUCUUUUUAGAGACAAAAGGGACAUAUUCACAUAGUGCUAUCUAAACCAGUGAGUGGAACAAUUGUUAAAUCCAGAUAUUAAGAUGAGCACAGACGGAGUGGAACACUCAGAGGCUCACCAUGAACAAGCAGACAAUGAACAAAAUGGAAUUGACUUCACCAGACAAAUCAAGACAGAGGUCCUCAAUGACUCUCCCCAUUCUGUCUUAUCACACAAGACAUGUCACCUGACACAAGGAGCCCCAAUAUCUGGUGGCCAGCUAUCAGGGGAAGUCUCCUCCUCACACACCAUGCAGCAGUUGGUGCUUAUGCCCGGCUCUCACCACCUCUCACCCCCCUCCUCCUUCCUUCUCUCACAGACACAACACACGGGGCACCAAGCACUUCUGCAGCAGAACCUCCUCAGCUUUCCCACCCAGAGCCAGUCAGGCCUCCUCCAGCACCAGCCUGGGUUAGCAUUGACACCUCAGGCCAUGAGUCGGUCGGGCCUGACGUCGUCGUCCAUGGAAGGCCACCUGGACAUGUCCCACCUGCAGGUCCCCAAACACAUGGCCCCCCCCCAGCAGGACGAGGCCAGUGACCUGGAGGAGUUGGAACAGUUUGCCAAGGCCUUCAAACAGAGACGCAUCAAACUGGGCUUCACCCAGGGUGAUGUAGGCCUGGCUAUGGGGAAGCUGUAUGGGAAUGACUUCAGCCAGACCACCAUCUCCCGCUUCGAGGCCCUCAACCUAAGCUUCAAGAACAUGUGCAAGCUGAAGCCUCUACUUGAGAAAUGGCUGAGUGACGCAGAGAAUUGCCCCUCUGACUCUAUGAGCAAUGCUGUUUCUCUACCCCCCCUGAUGGAAGGCUAUGGAAGGAAAAGAAAAAAGAGGACAAGCAUCGAAACCAACAUAAAGCUCACCCUGGAGAAACGCUUCCUUGACAACCCCAAGCCUAACUCGGAGGAGAUCAUGCUGAUCUCAGAGCAGCUGUCUAUGGAGAAGGAGGUGGUGCGGGUGUGGUUCUGUAACCGCAGACAGAAGCAGAAGAGGAUCUACUGCCCCGUGUCCACCUCACCAAUGAAAUCACACAACUUCAACUCCAGAAUGGCAUCCACGUCCAGAUCAUACAGCCCUCCUGCUUCAGGAGUGUCAUCGAGUUCCUCUCCCAAUAGUCCUAGUCGUGGGCCUUCGCCCGGAACACUCCGGUCUGGCUCCGCUGCUCUGACCUCUCAGGUCAACCAGUCCUUCAGCUCACCAGGGUCGUGGUAUCGCACAUGGAACCCUACAUCCUAUCACCACUGAGAAAGCCUGCCUGUUGUGGAAGAGAACUAAAACUAUUGAUGUCAAUGAAUGGAAACAGAAAUAGAUACAAACCAGCAGACAUACGUGAAGACCUUUUAAAAUUAUAUUGAGAAACUCUAUGCAUUUGGAAUUAAAUGUGAAAUGUCAUAAUCAAUAUUUCUAGCAUCAGUUUAGGGCACCUCUGAGGUCAUAUGAGGCACAAACUGAAUUUGAGCCUACAUUAUCUAUAAGAGUAAAACUAUUGGAAGCAACAAAAAAAAAAGAAUAGGAACAUCAGAGUCAGGGUCAGAGUUCUGUUAAACCUGCCGUUAGAAUAUGUUGACGCAGCAACUGUUAAACUACUGCCCACGCACAAGUGGCUUAUUCAGACAACUGGAUCAAUAUGACCUAAACAGGGUCUACCUGGCAUUUUACAGUACUGUACUCUAAAGUUUUGACUUUACAGUCCAAAUCACUGCAAUUUAAUUUGACCACCGGAAAAUAAGAUACAGUAUGUCUGUAUGCCACUAUGUAGCCUAUGCAGCUGUAUGAGUUGGAUUGAAUUUAACUGCCCAUUAAUGUUUACAGUGCGGUUAAUUUGCCCAUUUCCUUUGAUAUUCAUCAGGAGGUCAGGUGUGAGAAUAAAUGUGCGAAGGUGUAUAUAUUAAAAUGCCAGACAGCAAUCUAAAUCAUGAUGUUGCCUACUGUUUGUAUUUUUAUACAGUUGAAGUCGGAAGUUUACAUACACCUUAGCCAAUUACAUUUCAACUCAGAUUUUCACAAUUCCUGACAUUUAAUCCUAGUAAAAAUGCCCUGUUUUAGGUCAGUUAGGAUCAC